GGCCGGUGUAGGGUGGUCUUGGAGCCCCUCGGUGGAGGCGGCAGCCCCGGUGUCCGCGUGUGUGUCGGUGUCCAGGCUUGUGUCUCCUGUGUGUUAGUGCCAUGUGCACACGGGGCCCGUUCCUCGCGUGCACAUGUGCAGCCAGCCUUUUGCAGCCUGUCCUGCCCUCGGCUUGCUUCCUACCUAACGCUCUGCUGGGCUGCCCGCGGCUUGGGGGGCAGCCCUUGGCCGUACCGGUCCCUGUCACCUCUGACCCUGAGAAUGCAUGUCCCUGGCUGGGGCUCGCCUUCUGUCGGUCUCCUGUGUGUGGGGAUGUGUGGCUGCAUGAGGAGGAUUUCUGUGUCCCUGGUGGCAGGUGUGUGUCUUUGCAUGUGUGUUCAUCAUUGGCCUGGGGAUCUGUGUCAGUCCCAGCAUGGGUGUCCAGGGCGUGUCUGGAUGUGGGUGGUAUGCAAGUGGGGGGAGAGAGUAAGUGUGUGUGAGUGUGUUUUUUGGAAUCCUACCAUGUAUGAAACACCUUUGGGCUAGCAGGUGUGAGCCCCUGCUCCGUUAGGGAGUGAGGACAGGAAAGCUAGCUGAAAAGGGAAAGAGUGGGGUAAAGACGAAAAGCGGGGAGUUGGGGGAGAGGAGGACUGAGAGAGGCUUGGCGAGGAGAGGGAAUGGCUGAAGAGGGUUUGGGCAGGUGGGACUUGGUGGUGUCAGGUUGAGAAGAGAGGAGAGAGGAGGUGGGGAACUGGCUGGAGUUGGUGGAGAAGAGGCCUGGGAGUAGGGGGGCAGCGCAGGGGCAAGAGAGUCAGGCCUUCCAUGAAGCGGUAGAUGAGAGGAGAGUGGCGGCUGGGCCUAGGGCUUGUGUGGGCCUGUAGGAUCGGGCUUGGCUGGCUCAGGAGAGGCCAUCCUAGAGGCCGGCUCCCAGUGAGGCCUGGCGCAGCAGGACCUGCUGGUAGAGGUGCCCGUUCCUCUCCAGCUCUGUUCCUCCACCUGUCUUGGCAGCCUUCCUCCGGGGCUCCCCUUGAGAGCUGCCAGCGGGGUGUGACGGGGAAGAAAGGCCAAAGGGAAGGUUAGCGGUUUGGGGGAUCGGAGGAUAUGGGGAGAUUCUGUGGGUGAUGGCAAGAUUAGAGAGGUUGGAGAGGUGGGAGUGCAAGCCCUUGCUGUGUGUGUGAGUGAGUGCAAUUGUGUGUGUAUACAGGGUGUGUACAUGUGUGGGUGUGUGCACAAUGCCUGUGUUACGGGUCUGUGUAGGUGGCUGUUAUGCCUGUGCAUGCGUGUAUACAUCGUGCAGGGAUGGGACACGGAGGCCCAGGAUCUUGGUGUGUGCUUUUCAGGUUUGCUCUCUGCGUGGACAUGGGCCUGUGGCAUGUGUUCUGAACAUGUCACUGCAUGCAGCACUAAGAACAGGAUAUCCUGUGUUUCUGGGUUUUUUUCAUUGUGGCAGUGAGGGUCUUUGUAAGCAUAUGCGUAUGUGGUCUCUGUGUACGUCUGACUUAAAUGAGUUUGUGCCUCUUAGUACUUAGUUAUAUGUGUAAGAUUAUAUUACUUCCAAGAAUCAAGCAAACCAAUUAGCAAAUCCAUUCUCCUUCUGUUAAUUCUUUAGUUCUAAAGCAGAAUUUUAGUGGAUUUGAAGUUAGACUUUCUGCCUUUAUUACAGGAUCGUUUAUAUGAACAUAAUGGCUGAACUGCAUUAUUUGGCAUAGAAUGAGGCGAGCAUACCUGAGAAAAGCAAAGACUUAGGAAGGAAAUACCCUGAAACCUUAGAUGCACUGUUGAGUGUGUAACAGAAGGGUAGUUAAUACAUUUGUUCCUUGAUUUUUCUUUAUUCUGGUAGCAACCAGGGACUCCUGUGUUGGAGUCAGGAAAGGGCUGGGGAAGAAGAGGUUGUCCUGAGAUAGAAUGGUUGUGGUUGUACUUUUCCUGUGAAUGAAGGAUGCUUGUGCUUUGGGGGUAUGGGGGUACCUUGAUGCAGUCAGAAUCUUGGUUUACUUAAGCAUGUGUCUUAGAAGUUAAAGUGGCCCCCUCUGUGUGGGAGCCCUGUGUGGGUCUCUGGGUUAAAUGUCCUUUUCUGUAAUGUGCUGCCUACAUAACUGCCCCAGGUCCACACCAGCAGCUCUCAUGGGUGUCAGGGUCAAGUAUGCACUCCCCUGCUGCAGUGCUCACAUAUGUCUAAGCAUGUGUCCUGUGGGGUAUGUGGGCCCCAGGGCCUCAGGAUGCAGACCUGUGGCACUGCCACCUCACCAUUCUCUGCAUGUCUCAUAAGCACCUAGAUUCCUCUUUAUUUUUCGUAUUGUGGUUAUCAUGUAUAUAUGUCCCCCUCCCGACAUAGCUCAGUGUAUGUUUCUGUGCUCUACACAUGUGUUGCUGAGGGACUGACAAGGGUUUCCAUGUCAUGGGAUCCACUUUUUUGUGUGUAGAUCUCCUAACACCUGGGUUUUAGAGGCAUAGGGAAGCUGGGCAAUUUGCAGGCGAUUUGCAGUUCAGGAAGCUGACAGUGAAGCUGUGGCUGUGGCCCUGGCCCUCCCUUGUUUUGGACGCUAGAGGGUUAACAGGCGGCUCUUCCGGUCCCCCCCACCAGCCUGUAGCUUCUUGUUGCUGUGGAGAUGGUAGCCCCGCCCCUGAUGCAGCACCUGCCCCCCCAUUGGCUGCAGUGGUGACUGUGGGGCUGAGGGGGGAGCCCAGGCCUGGGCAGCCAUUCUGGAGCUGGAGCCCGAGCUUGGCAUCCCCCCACUUUCAUUCUCCUCUAGCUCCUCAGCCCCUCUCAAUUCCCUGGCAGCAGAGCCUCAGCUUCCCUCCUCCGAGCUGCCACCCCUCCAGACUCAGAGCCGUCCGAGCUUCCUCCGCGUUCACCUCCCUUCCUCCUCUUCGCCCUGCCCUCACUUGGGAGUCUCCCGAGUGCCCACUGCCCAUUCUCCCCGCUCCCCUGCGUUUUUCCCCUUCCCCUUCCCCCUUCCCUUCUGACUCCCUGCCUCUGCAGUGCACGUGGAGCCAGCCCCUUCUCCCCUCCCCCCUGCCCUUUGCUGUCCCCAGGCUGCUUCCGCUUCCACUCCGCACAGGUCCCUUCCAGGACCUCCCCCUCCAGGCCAGGGAGGGGGUCAUGGGAGGCAGUCCUGGCCCUCCAGACAGACAGGGCUUCCAGGAGUGGGGUCGCGGGGGAAGAUGUGCCCAGUUGAAAGAGGAGGAAAGCCUGCCUCUGGCCCAUGACCUUUAACCCGACUUCCCCCCCCAGCUGACCCCUUCCUGGGGGUGUGGGCACCAAGAACCUAGGUGCUGUGGCUCUUCGGUGUCCUUUAUUCCUGGAGUUUUACUGAUGCUCUCAGCCAUGCCCCUUUGCUGACUGCCAGCCCCAACCCCAGUCAUGGGCCUGAGGCCCCCCACCCCGUCCCCCUCUGGGGGCUCCGGCUCAGGUUCCUUGCCCCCUCCUUCCCGCCGCCAGCCUCUCAGCCGCCGCUGCUCUUCCUGCUGCUUCCCGGGGGAAUACCACUUGGGUCGCUCGAGGAGGAAGAGUGUCCCAGGGGGGAAGCAGUACAGCAUGGAGGCCGCCCCCGCCGCACCCUUCCGGCCCUCGCAAGGCUUCCUGAGCCGGAGGCUAAAAAGCUCCAUCAAACGCACGAAGUCACAACCCAAACUUGACCGGACCAGCAGCUUCCGCCAGAUCCUGCCUCGCUUCCGAAGUGCUGACCAUGACCGGGCCCGGCUGAUGCAGAGCUUUAAGGAGUCGCACUCUCACGAGUCCCUGCUGAGUCCUAGUAGUGCGGCCGAGGCCUUGGAGCUCAACUUGGAUGAAGACUCCAUUAUCAAGCCAGUGCACAGCUCCAUUCUGGGCCAGGAGUUCUGUUUUGAGGUAACAACGUCAUCAGGAACAAAAUGCUUUGCCUGUCGUUCUGCUGCUGAAAGGGACAAAUGGAUCGAGAACCUGCAGCGGGCAGUGAAGCCCAACAAGGACAACAGCCGCCGGGUGGACAACGUACUGAAGCUAUGGAUCAUAGAGGCCCGGGAGCUGCCCCCCAAGAAGCGGUACUACUGUGAGCUCUGCCUGGAUGACAUGCUGUAUGCACGCACCACUUCUAAGCCCCGCUCGGCCUCGGGGGACACCGUUUUCUGGGGUGAGCACUUCGAGUUCAACAACCUGCCAGCCGUCCGGGCCCUGCGGCUGCACCUAUACCGUGACUCAGACAAAAAGCGCAAGAAGGACAAGGCAGGCUAUGUCGGCCUGGUGACUGUGCCUGUGGCCACCCUGGCUGGGCGCCACUUCACAGAGCAGUGGUACCCUGUGACCCUGCCGACGGGCAGCGGGGGCUCUGGGGGUAUGGGGGGCUCGGGUGGUGGAGGGGGCUCUGGGGGUGGCUCAGGGGGCAAGGGCAAAGGAGGUUGCCCAGCGGUGCGGCUGAAAGCGCGUUACCAGACGAUGAGCAUCCUGCCCAUGGAGCUGUAUAAGGAGUUCGCUGAGUACGUCACCAACCAUUAUCGGAUGCUUUGUGCGGUAUUGGAGCCCGCCCUGAAUGUCAAGGGCAAGGAGGAGGUCGCCAGUGCUCUGGUUCACAUCCUGCAGAGUACGGGCAAGGCCAAGGACUUCCUUUCAGACAUGGCCAUGUCUGAGGUGGACCGGUUCAUGGAACGAGAACACCUCAUAUUCCGCGAGAACACGCUCGCCACUAAAGCCAUAGAAGAGUACAUGAGACUGAUUGGUCAGAAAUACCUCAAGGAUGCCAUCGGGGAAUUCAUCCGUGCUCUGUAUGAAUCUGAGGAGAACUGUGAGGUGGACCCCAUCAAGUGCACAGCGUCCAGUUUGGCUGAGCACCAGGCCAACCUGCGGAUGUGCUGUGAGUUGGCCCUGUGCAAGGUGGUCAACUCCCAUUGCGUGUUCCCGAGGGAGCUGAAGGAGGUGUUUGCGUCCUGGCGGCUGCGCUGUGCAGAGCGGGGCCGAGAGGACAUUGCGGACCGGCUGAUCAGCGCCUCGCUCUUCCUGCGCUUCCUCUGCCCAGCCAUCAUGUCGCCCAGCCUCUUCGGGCUCAUGCAGGAGUACCCAGAUGAGCAAACUUCGAGAACCCUCACGCUCAUCGCCAAGGUCAUCCAGAACCUGGCCAACUUUUCCAAGUUUACCUCAAAGGAGGACUUUCUGGGCUUCAUGAACGAGUUUCUGGAGCUGGAGUGGGGUUCCAUGCAGCAGUUCCUGUACGAGAUCUCCAACCUGGACACGCUGACUAACAGCAGUAGCUUUGAGGGUUAUAUCGACCUGGGCCGAGAGCUGUCCACGCUGCACGCCCUGCUGUGGGAGGUGCUGCCCCAGCUCAGCAAGGAAGCCCUCCUGAAGCUGGGCCCGCUGCCCCGGCUCCUCAAUGACAUCAGCACGGCUCUGAGGAACCCCAACAUCCAGAGGCAGCCGAGCCGGCAGAGUGAGCGGCCCCGGCCUCAGCCCGUGGUGCUGCGGGGCCCUUCGGCUGAGAUGCAGGGCUACAUGAUGCGGGACCUCAACAGCUCCAUCGACCUUCAGUCCUUCAUGGCUCGAGGCCUCAACAGCUCUAUGGACAUGGCUCGCCUCCCCUCCCCAACCAAGGAGAAGCCCCCGCCACCACCGCCUGGUGGGGGGAAAGACCUGUUCUAUGUCAGUCGCCCACCCCUGGCCCGGUCCUCCCCCGCCUACUGCACGAGCAGCUCGGACAUCACGGAGCCGGAGCAGAAGAUGCUGAGUGUCAACAAGAGCGUCUCCAUGCUGGACCUGCAGGGCGACGGGCCCGGUGGCCGCCUCAACAGCAGCAGCGUGUCCAACCUGGCAGCUGUUGGGGACCUGCUGCACUCAAGCCAGGCCUCUCUGACCGCGGCUUUGGGGCUGCGGCCUGCACCUGCUGGCCGCCUCUCCCAGGGGAGCGGCUCGUCCAUCACGGCGGCCGGCAUGCGCCUCAGCCAGAUGGGCGUCACCACAGACGGUGUCCCUGCCCAGCAACUGCGCAUCCCCCUCUCCUUCCAGAAUCCUCUCUUCCACAUGGCCGCUGAUGGGCCAGGCCCCCCAGGGGGCCACGCAGGGGGCGGCGGCCACGCCCCACCCUCCUCCCACCACCACCACCACCACCACCACCACCACCGAGGCGGAGAGCCCCCAGGGGACACCUUUGCCCCGUUCCACGGCUACAGCAAGAGCGAGGACCUCUCCUCAGGGGUCCCUAAGCCCCCUGCCGCUUCCAUCCUUCACAGCCACAGCUACAGUGAUGAGUUCGGACCCUCUGGCACUGACUUCACCCGUCGGCAGCUCUCACUCCAGGACAACCUGCAGCACAUGCUGUCCCCUCCCCAGAUCACCAUUGGUCCCCAGAGGCCUGUCCCCUCAGGGCCUGCAGGCGGGAGCGGUGGUGGGGGCAGUGGCGGGGGCAGCGGGGGCCAGCCGCCCCCUUUGCAGAGGGGCAAGUCUCAGCAGUUGACAGUCAGCGCUGCCCAGAAACCUCGGCCGUCCAGUGGGAACCUGCUGCAGUCGCCAGAGCCGAGUUAUGGCCCUGCCCGCCCACGGCAGCAGAGCCUCAGCAAGGAGGGCAGCAUCGGGGGCGGCGGGGGCAGCGGUGGCGGUGGCGGCGGCGGGGGGCUCAAGCCCUCCAUCACCAAGCAGCAUUCCCAGACGCCGUCCACGCUGAACCCCACGAUGCCGGCCUCCGAGCGGACGGUGGCCUGGGUCUCCAACAUGCCUCACCUGUCGGCUGACAUUGAGAGUGCCCACAUCGAGCGGGAAGAGUACAAACUCAAGGAGUAUUCGAAGUCUAUGGACGAGAGCCGACUGGACAGGGUGAAGGAGUAUGAGGAGGAGAUCCACUCGCUGAAGGAGCGGCUGCACAUGUCCAACCGGAAGCUGGAGGAGUAUGAGCGGAGAUUGCUGUCCCAGGAAGAGCAGACCAGCAAAAUCCUGAUGCAGUAUCAGGCCCGGCUGGAGCAGAGCGAGAAGAGGCUACGGCAGCAGCAGGUGGAGAAGGACUCCCAGAUCAAGAGCAUCAUCGGCAGGCUGAUGCUGGUGGAGGAGGAGCUGCGCCGGGACCACCCCACCAUGGCUGAGCCGCUGCCCGAACCCAAGAAGAGGCUGCUCGACGCUCAGGAGAGGCAGCUUCCCCCCUUGGGUCCAACAAACCCGCGUGUGACGCUGGCCCCACCUUGGAACGGCCUGGCCCCCCCAGCCCCACCUCCCCCACCCCGGCUGCAGAUCACUGAGAACGGCGAGUUCCGAAACACCGCAGACCACUAGCCCACCCAGCAUCUCAGACCUCCUCCUCCCUCCCUGUGCACCCCACCUUGGAAUGGCACCAACCACCAGGACUGGACGUCGCCGAGGGACAGCGGGAUCGCCUCCCUGAACGCCUCCUUGCGGGGCACCAGCCCCCCACCCCCACUGCACCAUUUCUGGGAGGGAGAGUGGGGACCCUCAACUGCCCCCUUUUCCUUCCUGCUGGGGUGCUGUCCCCUGUGACCCCAAGGACCCUUGCCCCAGGACACAGACCCCUUCACUCCGGGGUGCUAUCCCCAUCCUCUGCCUCAUCGUUCCCCUGAGCACUGGGGGACAGACCCUCACCCCCACCCUGGGGGUGUGGCACCUCCAAACUUUCAACUUCAGGGUGAUUUUUUAGCAGUAACCAGAGCUGACAAUCUAACUCCCCUCCACCGCCCCAUUUUGGCCUCCCCUGUCCCCCUUGUUAUGGGGAGGGGACCCCAGGUGAGGGGGUCCUAUUACCCCUUGAUUUCUCAGGAGCGUCUGGGGGGGCUCAGCACGCACAAACUCCUUCUCCUCCUACCACUCUCAAAUACUCUCCCUCCCCACCCAGAACCCAGAUGGGGUGGAGGGGCCACCGGGGCAGGGAGGGGGCGGCAAAGGGGGAAUGGGACUUGUCUCCCU